AUCCCUACAAAAGCACUCAUCCUUACCGCACAUCCUGAUGAUGAAGUGAUGUUCUUCGCACCGGCAAUCUUGAACUUGGUGAAAUCCAACAUUGACGUUUACGCUUUGUGCCUCUCUAACGGGAAUGCCGACGGUCUUGGACAGAUUAGAGAAGAAGAAUUGCUAGCAAGCUACGCAAGAUUAGGUGUAAGAGCCGAUAAAGUACGCCUCAUAAAUGACGGUCGUCUACAAGACAGCAUGCAAAUCAAAUGGGAACCGAAUCUUAUCUCUGAAUAUGUGCAACAAUUCUCACAGCAUUCAGGUCCUUUUGAUCUAUUGCUCACAUUCGACAAAGAUGGUAUCUCACAACAUGCCAAUCAUAAAGCCUGCUCAAACUCCGUUCCUCUAAUCUACAAAUCGGGUGCAAUUACAGAGAAUGGCCGAAUCUACGCUUUGCGUUCACAUAGUACCGCAUUCAAAUAUUUGGGACUCUUCGGUGCACUUGUCAAUCACUUAGGCGCAAGGCUGACCCUUGCCUCUCAAGACAAAGUUGCUUUCUUGUCCACGCCAUUCGAGUAUCUACACUCACUGCGGGCGAUGAGUUUACACAAAUCCCAAAUGGUAUGGUUCCGAUAUUUAUACCUGAUCUUCUCCACCUACAUG